GUGUAGACGCGUUUCCUCUCCAGAAAGGCUGACGAAAAGCGCCGUAACCUAAACACACGCUGUUUGGACUGGGAUAUUACUCUGGACAUGGCGCCUUCAGCUGCGGAUUUAUGGUGGAAUUAACAUAUCCGGAAUGCGAGUCUGCGAUUUGUUUGUUUUAUAAUUUAUUUGCGGUGUUGGAAAGUUGGACACUCGUUCAGAGCUGAGUAAAUGAAUGUAGCCAUUAGCUCAUAAAAACACUGGGGUCUUAAUUAUCUAAACAAAGUUGCUAAUUUUCUGUUGGUAUUGUGUAGUAUGUAGACUUGUUCGGUGUAGAUAUCCGAGUUAAUGCCCUGCUUGGGCUACAUCAGAUAGCGGUGAUUUUAUUUUUCCUCGCACUUACACUAUACUCGAAGACAAUAGAAAAUACCUGGCUGUUUUGACUAGCUAGCUCCGUUAUAUGGGCUCUGCAGGUGUCCGUGUUUGCUGGCUGCAUCAGCUUAUAUGCAGUUCACAUGCCAUCGAUCACGCUGAGGUAACAAAAGUAAGAUGCUAGUCAGCAGAGCUGUAGGUUGGCUUCGGGUUUUCAGCGCGGAGUAGCGGUCCAGCCUGUCCGUAGCUCUGUGCUCCACCAAAACCAGGGUACAAGGUGGGUAAAUGAAUGAAAGUUGAGGGGCAUAAAGUCUGUCCUGUUCGCGCCUGUGAGGCCAUGUCAUUUCCAGCAGCAUGCAUGUUAAUGGCAGCAGUAGUGGCAGUGGCGAUGCCCCCAUGCCUGGUCCCUCAUGCCGCCUCCUGCCCGCGAUCACUCUGGGCAUCGCGGCGGUCGCUGUGCUCUUUCAGUCCGGCUACGGAGGACUCACAGUAACCUCGUUUUUCCUUAAACUCUUCAUUUACGUCUCUUUCGCCCUCUUCUGCUUUCUCCUGGGCACUUUGGGCUUGAUAGUCAAGAAGAGUCCACCAAAGAUCAUCCCGUUCGACCCGUCCAAGAGGCAGUCUCCCAAGCUGCUGGAUUUAUUCAACAGAUUAAUGGGACGGUUUUCAGUACCACUUCUAGACUCUGUGCAGACCAGACGAGUAGUGGUGUCGCACAAUGUGGACAAAGCGCUGAAAGAGUUGUUUGACUACAGCUAUAGAGAUUACAUCCUCUCAUGGUAUGUGCCUCUGAGUCGAGAUGAGGGCCAGCUCUAUCAGAUGCUGGCUGAAGAUUUUUGGGAAAUGGUGAAGCAGCUGAGGACACGCCUUUCCGAGGUGGACAUGGUUAACAUCGUUUGUAACAAUAUGGUUAAAAACCUCCACGCCCAUUUCUGUGACCUAAAGGCCUCAAACACCAGGCAGGAAGAGUUACCCAGGGCCUUCCCGCUCCAUCCGUGUUUGUGCAGUCCUAAGGAGGAGAUGCGUUUCCUGCGCUGCUGUUCACGUAUACUUGUUCUUUGCUUGCUACCUUCGCGAGACUCGCGCUCCCGCAGUCUCCGGCUCGUCCUCGUUGAGGUUAUCGCCACUAAAGUGUUACAGCCAUUAGUGGAGGUUCUAAGUGAUCCAGAUUACAUUAACCAAAUGCUGUUGGCUCAGCUGGAACAUCGGGAACAAGUGAACGAACACCAUAAGAAAGCGUACACGUAUGCACCGUCCUAUGAAGAGUUUAUCAAACUCAUCAGUAGCAGCUCUGACAUCGACUUCCUCAAACAGCUCAGGUAUCAGAUAGUUGUGGAGAUCAUUCAGGCCACCACUAUCAGCAGUAUCCCCCAGCUCAAGAAGCAGAAAGACAGUAAAGGAAAGGAGACCGCUGCAAUGAAGGCUGACUUGUUACGAGCUAGGAAUAUGAAGCGCUACAUUAACCAGCUGACAGUGGCUAAGAAGCAGUGUGAAAAGAGGAUUCGGCUGCUGGGUGGUCCCAACUAUGAGCAGCAAGAAGACGGGAACCAAGAUGAGGGAGACGGGCCUCAGGGCCAGAAGAUUCUUCAGUUUGAGGAGAUCAUGUCUAACGCUGUGUUCCGAGAGCAUUUCCGUGUUUAUAUGGAGCGUGUGGAUAAGAGAGCCCUCAUCAGUUUUUGGGAGCUGGUAGAAAUGCUGAAAAGUGCUAACAAGAGCGAGGUGCCACAGUUGGUAGGUGAAAUCUACCAGAACUUCUUUGUAGAGAGUCGAGAGAUCCCAGUAGAGAAAGCUCUCUAUAAGGAGAUCCAACAGACUCUGGUGGGAAACAAAGGCACUGACGUCUUUUACAAGAUCCAGAGUGACGUCUAUGAGACCAUGAAAGAGCGAUAUUACCCCUCGUUCCUCGUCAGUGAUCUGUAUGACCGUCUCAUUAAAUGGGAGGAGCAAAGAAGCAGCUCUCAGUCCAGCAGUGAGGAAAAAGAUGAUAGCUGUCAGACCAUGGACGGCGGAGAGGUGACCCUGGAUGAGGGCAGUAAAGGUAUUAACGAGCAGGCCAGCUAUGCUGCUAACAAACUCCGGCAACUCUGCGAAAGACUGGAGUACAAACGCCAAGCUCUGGGCUCAAUACAGAAUGCUCCCAGACCUGACAAAAAGAUUGUGUGUCUCCUGAAAGAGGAGAUUGGGGUAAUGGAGAAGGAGCACAGUGAACUGCAGCUGCAUAUCUCACGUACAGACUGGUGGUGUGAGAAUCUGGGCACAUGGAGAGCUGUGAUUAACACAGCCGAGGCUUGUGAGGAGAACAGUGAGCAAAUGGCGUUCUAUUCAGUAGCAGUGAGUCUUUUGGAAAGUGAAGACUCGGAGAACAGCAGCUGGUUUGUCACGAGGAAGCUGAGCGAGUUUCAGGCCCUGCACAGGAAGCUGACUGAGUGUUUUCCCUCUUUGAAGAAGGUUCAGCUGCCCUCGCUCAGCAAACUGCCAUUCAAGUCUAUUGACCAAAAAUUUCUUGAGAAAUCCAAAAACCAACUGAACACAUUUUUGCAGAAAAUGCUGACAGAUGAGCGUAUGUGCCAGAGCGAAGCUCUGUAUGCAUUUCUCAGCCCAUCACCAGAGCACCUUAAGGUCACUGACAUCCAGAAAAAAUCCACGUUCUCCCUUGCCUCUUUUCUGGAGAGACUGCCAGGAGAUCUUUUCUCCCAUCAAGAGGAUGAGGCUGAGGAUGACAGCGAUCUCUCAGACUACGGCGACGAGCCGGACGGGAGGAAAGAUGUCCUUGCCGAGCCCUUCUUCAUGCUUAUUGGAGAAGUGUUUGAACUCAGGGGCAUGUUCAAGUGGGUACGGAAGACACUAAUUGCACUAGUCCAAGUCACUUUUGGAAGGACGAUAAACAAGCAGAUUAGAGACACGGUAAACUGGAUCUUCAGCGAGCAGAUGUUGGUUUACUACUUUAACAUAUUCCGAGACACGUUCUGGCCUAACGGGAAACUAGCACCACAUAACAAAUCUCGCACAGACGCCGAGCGCCGUGAGACCAAGGAAAGAGCACAGCAGAAACUGCUGGACAACAUUCCCGAUGCAUUACAGAAUCUAGUGGGGCAGCAGAACGCUCGUUACGGGAUCAUUAAGAUCUUCAAUGCACUUCAGGAAUCCAGUGCCAACAAGCAUCUUCUUUACGUCCUGCUCGAGAUGCUCCUCAAAGAACUCUGCCCUGAGCUGAGCGAAGAGAUGGAACGUUGCACGAUCUAAACUCGUGCACAGUCCCCUGUUGACUGAGGAUUCACCUCAACUUCACUUAAUAUUUUGUUACUUGAAAAUGCUAAAUGGAAGUUUUAUUUAAGAAUCACACGAAUCACUAUGAAAGUGCUCGACUUGAUGGCAUCAUACUACAGGACCUGAUGGACAUCACUGUUUACUUUUUGGAUUUUUUUGUUCUCUUUCUGGUUUCUAACAAACUAGAUUUAAUGCCAACCAAGUUUGUUUUUGUUCUUUUUUCAUUUUAUUGUCUAUAGGGUUAUGUUGGACCAUAAGGUCAUAAAAUGUGAAAAGUAGUGGAAUGAGUGUUGUACUUGUCUAAAAAGAGAAAAUGAAAACCUGGACCUCUUGAACUUCUCUACCUACAUUACAGUACAUGUCGUGGUCAUUAUGAAGGCUUUUAAUUGUGCAAUGUGUAAUGUAAGGUUAUUGUGCUAGUUAAAUUUGUGAUAUUAUUAUUAUUAUUAUUAUUAUUAUUAUUAUUAUUAUUAUUAUUAUAGAUUUUAUUUUUACCAACAAUAGACUAGAGCAUUUAUAAGCAAUAAAUCGCAAAAGACUA